AUGGAGAAGUCAAAGCAAUAUACCGAAGACCGUAGGCAACGUGUUGUUGAUUUACACAAGUCCGGUUCCUUUUUAGGAGUCAUAUCGAAGACUCUAAUCAUGCCUCGUGCUUCGGUGAAAAACAUAAUACGCAAGCAUAACACUCUCGGCACAGUGCAGACUCUACAAAGAUCAGGGAGACAGCGAAGAAAACUCAACCAGACAGCAGAACAUAGACUUGUCCGUACAGUUCAGCUUAACCCUUGGAUGACAAAAAAAGAGAUGGGCCAGGAUCUGGAGGCUUCAGGAAGCAAGGUAUCCCUCUCUACCAUCAAGCGGUUCCUCCAUGAUCAUGGACUGAGAGGCUGCAGAGCGAGGAAGAAGCCUUUACUCCAGGACCGACACCGUAAAGCCAUACUGAAGUAUGCUAAUGAACACCUGGGCAGUGGCGGUGGCAGCAUCAUGUUGUGGGGAUGCUUUGCAGCAAGUGGUACUGGCUCACUCCUGAAGAUUGAUGGCACCAUGAAGAGAGAGGACUACCUGAAAAUUCUUCAGCUAAGCCUGAAAAGGUCCGCUAAGAACCUCAAUCUUAGUCAGAAUUGA